UGCCCGCUUGGCUAUCAGCCCAUAAACCCUGCCAUGGACACGAGGUCAUUGGCCAUGGAGUCGAAAUUGUGCCCCUUUCAGGCCCACCCGUGUCAUAGUUUAAGUUUCUACUUUGCAUGCACAGUAUUGGGCGAUCAUGCCUGUGGCAGCCAAGACGAAUACUGCUGCUGUGCUCACUCUAGGGUACGGGUGCUCGACUAAUGUCGUGAGAAAUUGUAUAUAAGCCGCCGGCAGCCGAAGCUCUCUACGAGCACGGACAAAACGAGAGUGCGAUUCACCCACAGAUACUAUUCCGCGCCUAUCUGAAGAUAGGCGUUUUGAACAAAAAUGGUUCGCCUAGGAGGAAUUCUCGCGAGUCUAGCUGUCAUAGCUUCCGGAGUGGUAGCGUAUGCGGCUCCCAACCAUCCCCCGCGCCUCAACCCUCGAAGUACACAUUUGUAUCCCAGGGAUGAGAACUGCACCGCUCCCCCGAACCCUUCGGUAGCCGCGCCCAAACCUAACCCAUGGAAACCUCUAAGCAACACCGAAAUUAUAGAUCUUCUUGCAUGGCUUCACGCUCCAGCUCAAGGGUUAAACUUGACGGCGUAUGAGGGCGCAACGACUUGGGAUAAUUGGGUUGGGGUUACAGAGCUUUUGGCACCGAACAAGACCGAUGCCCUGGCCUAUCUGGAUGGCUCAGGGCCCGCGCCGAAAAGAUAUGCUAGGGUCGUUAUCUCUUACGGCGCGACGGAAAAACCCUAUCUACAAGAGUACAUGGUGAGAUAUUCUCCUUCUUCCGCUUUGGCACGACACGCAUCCAGUUGAGUUGGGAUCUAACCACUGGGAUUUGUACACUAGGUUGGACCGAUUCCGGUUGUGCAAAACGUUACUAAGAUUGAACCACUUAACUACCUCUACAACAAGGGGGAGGGGAAAACUCCAAAUUAUGGUGCAGAUAGUGGCACUCAAAAAGUAUGGCUUGGGCUUAUUGCCCAAAAUAUGUCUGAUAUCACUCUGGAUCUUUUGGGAACGGUAAGUCGUCGAGGUGUUUCCCGCUCUCCAGGCUCCAAAAACCUUUGCAGGGUGGGAGCGUAGCGUUCGCUGGCAGCUGAUCAUUGAUAUUCUCCAUUAGGAUCAUAAAAAUUCGAGUCUCUGGGGGAUAGAUCCCCUCUGGGAAGAGAACGGAAGAAUUAUUAGUUGGACUCAGUAUUGGUCUUACCCGACUAGUAAUUACGAUUCUUCUACUCUUCUUCCUCAAGGUCUCUAUCUCAAAAUAGGUGAGCACCCCGUUCGACUUUGGUCCCCACUCCCCGUCGGGCUAACUUGACCGGUCAGACAUCACCGGACGUGAUUGGCAGGGGUGGAGAUUGCUUAAUAUUCUCUACGACAACAAGCUUUACGGAAGCAUUGAUGAGUUUCGGGCCGCUUGGAGGUCUCCUGGCUUUAGAAAACUUGCUAAGCAAGUCGACGGUGAAUGGACUGGCACCAGCCAGGCUGGCACAGCGCCCCUCUUAGACAUGCGGCCUCCCCCGAUACAGAUUCAACCCGACGGACAGCGGUUCGCAGUCGAUAAAGAUGCCAAGUACGUUGAGUGGAUGGACUUCGCUUUUUACAUUGGCUUCAGGCGAGACACCGGAGUCAAUCUAUAUGAUAUUAAAUAUAAGGGCAAAAGAAUUAUUUAUGAACUUGGUCUGCAAGAGGCAAUUGCACACUACGCCGGCAAUGACCCCACGCAGAGUGGAACAGCAUACCUCGAUAGCUACUACGGGUUCGGACCUUAUGUAUUUGAGUUAGUUCCCGGCUACGAUUGCCCCGCCUACGCCACAUUUCUCGACACGGCGGUGCACGAAGUUGGCACCACCACGACCAACAAGAACAGUAUCUGCUUGUUCGAGCAUGACGCCGGAUACCCCCUGCGGAGGCACACCUCCCCUUCCUACGUUUCGGUGACUAGGAACACCAUCUUCACACUUAGGUUUAUUUCAACGAUCGGUAACUAUGACUAUGAUCUCAGCUACAACUUUUAUCUCGACGGUUCGAUAGAGAUCAAAGUGAGGGCUUCGGGCUAUAUCCAGUCAGCUUUCUACGCCCAUAACGAAGACUAUGGAUAUCAAAUUCAUGACGCCACAUCCGGCUCCAUGCACGAUCAUGUUUUGAACUUCAAGGCGGAUCUGGACAUUCUCGGGACGAAGAAUACGUUUGAGAAGGUCAGCAUAGUACCAAAGACCACAGAGUAAGGUUACCAGGGAUCCUUCAGAUUUUACUUUCUAGGGCUCUCACGGUGCUGACCCCCUACCCCACAGUUAUGUUUGGUCGACUUCCCCACGGAACACCAUGCGUCUUGAACGUUCCUCGGUCCAGAAUGAGGACGAAGGAAAGAUAAAUUGGGCUGCAAACGGUGCUGCUAUGUACGCCGUCGUGAACAAGGAUCAACCGAACAAAUUCGGAUCGUCUCCUGGAUACAGGAUCAUGCCCGGUGAGUGGAUUUCCGAAAGGAUAAAGCCAAAAUUGGCGAUAUUUGAGGUCUGGAGAGAGAGGGAAAUGGAGUUAAUGAUAUUUCCCUGGAAAUUGUGUAGGAGCCGGAACACCCAUCCAUCUCACCGUCCAAAAUUCCAGUAACCUUCAGAAGGCAGCGGAGUUUUCCACUCACCACCUCUACGUUACAAAGCAAAAGGACACUGAACAGCAUUCGGCGGCAGCUGCGAAUUCCAUGAACCCGAAGGAUCCACUCAUCAACUUUGGAAAGUUCUUUGACGGAGAAUCAUUGCUCCAGGAAGACAUGUGCGUAGUAUCCCUGUCUCUCGUGCCGUCUCAUGCAGAGAAAAGACACAAAUGAAGAACAUCGUACUAAAACCAGGACCCUGGUCUCGAGCAGCGUCGUCUGGUUCAACCUGGGAAUGCACCACGUCCCCCACACCGGAGAUCUACCAAACACUGUCUUCACGACAGCCCAAUCCAGCGUGUUCCUCUCCCCACACAACUACCUACUGGGCGACCCAUCACGUGCUACGUCACAGCAGGCAGAAAUCAGAUUCGACUCUAAAACUGGAGAGGUGACGGCCGUGAACAUGUUUGGCUCGACCUUGCCGUCGUGCACAAGACCUGAUUUGGUAAGUGUGGACUACCUUUUUUUCUACUUUCGGGUUUGUCAUUUGGCUGACGCGCUCGACUAUCCGUGAAAUUGUUGUCUCGUAGACUGCGUUGUAUCCCGAUUUACGCUCUUAUAAGGGCCCUCAGUAUGUUAGAAAGUUUCCGCACGACGAGAACCCGGGGCAGUAGUCGAGUUGAACCGGAAUUAGGGGCCGAUUUGCUUCUUCCCUUUUAUUUUCUUUCUAGUUUAUCUAUUUGUUAAUCUAUUCACCUUGGGCCACAGAUAGUAGAAUAGAGUGGAGUCAGUAAUCAAGUAAGCAAGUAGGAAUGAGUUAUUACCAUUCGGGUGUCCAUACUGUCCGGUCAAGUGAUACAGAACCAAAACAAAGGAGAAAAACACCUUUUGGACGUUACAUCAGUUCGGCUAUUAUUCUUUUAUUUAUUUAUUUAUUUUUGCAAAUAAAUAGUACUCGGUAGCGAUAAGGCAAUGAAACAGCCGGACACGCCACGACACUCCUCCCCUCCGGAUUUCUGGGGAGGAGAAUAAUAAGAGAACUGUGGUAAAGGAGAAGAAGAAGAAGAAAAGAGAAAGAUGAAACGUAUGCAGAGGGGAGGAGAAGGAGAAGGCGGCGGUGCUGCAGGACAGUGUAGUAAGAAAAAGCUUGUCUCUUACGCAGAGUCGCGAAAUAGUAC